AUGUCGGUUACGAAUUUUGAGAGUAAGUUUAUGUCACUACUUAGAUUCAAUGGCAUGUGGCACACCGAGGAAAGACAUGCUCAGAUGUUCAUGAUGGGACUUCGUCCAGAUGCUACCAUAGCCCAGGAGAUAGACACAUCUAUGUUUAUCAAGGGUAAAGAUGAAAAUGCUAAGUCAAGACAGCCAGGAGAUAAGGGUAAGGGUAAAAGACCUUUUACAGGCUCAGGAGGACCCCAGCAUCAGAAUAAGUUUCCACAGCAACAGAGUCCCCAUAAUAAGCGCACCCGCAGCAGGCCAGCAGGACAGGAAUCCGCUCGUGGUCAGGGUCAACAGUUAAGGAUUGAGGCACCUCCAGUAGUCCCGAGGAUUGAAGGACAGGUGCGAGCGAUUCAGGAGAUCCAGCAGGGACAUAUAGUCCCAUAUGUUCCAGGUGAUGCAGCACAGCCGACUGGUAGGGUGUAUGCAGUUAUUCCUUGCGAUCAUGGCGCGAACAAGAUGGUGGUGGAAGGUACUUUCGUUGUGAAUUCAUUUCCAGCAUGUAUUCUUUUUGACUUUGGCGCUUCGCAUUCUUUUAUCUCCUAUGAUUUCUCGGUUAGUCUCCAGCUUAUGGCGCAGCCAUUAGAUUUUUCUUUAUCUGUAUCUACUCCUUUAGGGGAGACGUCUCUUUUAGAGUGUGUUUGUAGGAGAUGUAUCGUCAUCUUGGACGAUUCUAAGUUUGUGAUAGACCUGAUCGUAUUGCGUAUGUCUGAGUUCGAUGUUAUCCUUGGCAACCAGUUUGCGGAGUCAUAUCUGGCAUACGUCGAGGAUGUGAUGUUACAGAAUCGGGGUGCAGAUUUGAGUGAGAUGCGAGUAGCCUCAGAGUUCCAGGAUGUCUUUUAG